AUGGAUUAAGUUUUUAAUCAUUUAAUAAAAAGGGCAACUCCCUAACCCAUUGUUAAAGUUGGAACCCCUUGGCAAUGCAUUCCUAUUAAAAAUGAUAAACAAGCAAGAGAUACAACAGAGGUUCAUAUGGCUAAUCAAGGAUUUAAUGAAUUGGCAUAAUUUGAUAAGUUCAUGAAUCUUGAAGUUGUUUGGCUUAAUGAGAAUUAAUUAACCAGUAUUAAAGGAGUUGAAUAAAACUUCAGAAUUAAACAUCUUUAUUUACAAAAGAACAAAAUUAGUACUCUUGAGGGUCUAUAAAAUCUGAAGCAUUUAGAAACAUUGAGUUUGUUCAACAAUGAGUUAAGAGAUUUGGAAAAAAAUCUUUUGAUUUUAAAAGAGUUUCCAGGACUUACAACUUUGGAUUUAUUUAAUAAUCCAGUUGCAGAAGAACCUUAUUAUAGAAAUAGAGUGAUUUCAGCUCUCCCUCAAUUACAGUUAUUAGAUCGAUCAAUAAUAACUGUCUAGGAAAAGAUUAAGGUAGAAGCCUGGUACAAGGAUUUCAAAGCGGAAGUUAAAAUUAAGAAGAAAGGGUAGAAGAAACAAAAGCUGCUUCCAUCUUAAAUCUUCUCAGCUGGGGAGAAAAUACUAUACAAGGAGGUGGAUGAAAUCAAAGCUAAGAGAGAAUAAGAAAAGGCUGACGAGAUUUAAAGAGAAAGAACUAGGAUCAAGUUAAAGGAAAAAACCUUCGAUCCUAAUAAAUUCCCAACGAAUGAAUUGAAAGAGUAAUUAAGGUAGCGACUUCAUGACAAUCCAAUGAGUUUAGUGAAUGAGUGGGAAAAAGGGAAGCUCAAGAAGAUUUUUAAAUCAUAUGACAAAGAAAAGAAGGGAUCAAUCACAUAAGAUAAAUUGUAGGGAUUGUAUGGAGAUUUAAUGAAUGACAUAGCUAAUAUAGGUAAAGUGCCUGCUGUGUCUUUUGAAAAGUUUAAAGAAACUAUGUCAGAGGAUCCAUUGCCUUGGGAUUCUUUUUGUUUUCAAUUAAAUCAUGUAGAUUUCUAAAGAGCUCCUGAAGAUUUGCUACAAAAGAAAAUUGAUGAGAAAUAUAAAGAAUUUAAUAGAAGAUUAAAUGCAGGAAAGAAGGCUGAAGCUAAAGAAUUCAUGAUAGAGGCAGUGAGACUGGAGGCAGCUAGAGAUAAGGAUGAGCACAAAUUGCCAGAAAUUGUACCUGAGGACAAUACUAAAGUAAGGAGUGAUUGUUUUGAUUUUUCAAGAUAUAAGUAUAAGUAGAAUUUCACUGAUACUGCAAAAUAUCUUUUAUAGUGA